ACCGACGGACACUUUUCGCCUGCGGACAUUUUUAGGUGUAGGACUUAUUCCGGCCCGACCCACCCACCUGGCCGACCUCUCCCGUGCCCCACCCCUAGUGACCCUGCGCCUCACCCCAGGUGAGGGCGUAGCAGAGAACAAGAAAGCGGGUGUCGAGCCCUGCCAGUGGUUUGUUGGUGUGAUGUCACCCCACUUGACACUACCCUUCAGGCGUCUCAUCUGGUCCUUGGCCUCCAGUCGACUGACUGCCAGAAGACACAGAGGACAUAGCCUCCUGCAUACUGCUCCAGAGGCCCGCACAGAUGGGAGUGCCCCGGUGUUCAUCCGUGCCCUGGCCUUUGGGGACAGGGUUGCCCUGAUUGACAAACAUGGCCGUCACACUUACAGAGAACUGUAUGACCGCAGCCUCUGUCUGGCCCAGGAGAUCUGCAGCCUUCGAGGUUGUAAGGUUGGGGACCUGCAGGAAGAAAGGGUCUCCUUCCUGUGCUCCAAUGACGUCUCCUAUGUUAUAGCACAGUGGGCCUCCUGGAUGAGUGGCGGAGUUGCUGUCCCACUGUACAGGAAGCACCCUGAGGCCCAGCUGGAGUAUUUUAUCCAGGACUCCCGGAGCUCUGUGGUGGUGGUCGGCCAGGAGUACUUGGAGCGGUUAAGUCCACUGGCUCAGAGGCUGGGAGUCCCUCUUCUGCCCCUCACGCCUGCUGUCUACCAUGGAGCAGCAGAGAAGCCCAUAGAGCAGCCAAUUCAAGAGAGGGAGUGGCGUGACCGGGGUGCUAUGAUCUUCUACACCAGCGGGACCACAGGGAGGCCCAAGGGUGCACUGAGCACCCACCGUAACCUAGCCGCUGUGGUGACUGGGCUGGUCCACUCAUGGGCAUGGACAAAAAACGAUGUCAUCCUUCACGUCCUCCCACUGCACCAUGUCCACGGCGUGGUCAACAAGCUGCUCUGUCCACUCUGGGUGGGAGCCACCUGUGUGAUGCUGCCAGAGUUCAGUGCUCAGCAGGUCUGGGAGAAGUUCUUGAGUUCGGAAGCUCCACAGAUUAACAUGUUCAUGGCGGUGCCCACAAUCUACAGCAAACUGCUGGAUUACUACGACAGGCAUUUCACACAGUCUCAUGUCCAGGAUUUUGUGCGUGCAGUUUGUAAAGAAAGAAUUAGGCUGAUGGUAUCGGGCUCAGCUGCUCUGCCUGUCCCUCUGUUGGAGAAGUGGAAGAGCGCCACGGGCCACACACUCCUGGAGCGCUACGGUAUGACAGAGAUCGGCAUGGCCUUGUCCAACCCCCUGACGGAGGCUCGUGUGCCAGGUUCUGUGGGGACCCCAUUGCCAGGAGUUGAAGUACGCAUCGUCUCAGAAAACCCACAGAAGGGCUCCUCUUACACCAUCCAUGCUGAGGGAAACAUGAGGGGGACAAAGGUGACCCCAGGGUUCGAGGAAAAGGAAGGUGAGCUGCUAGUUAAGGGACCGUCUGUGUUUCAAGAAUACUGGGAUAAGCCAGAAGAAACGAAAAGUGCUUUCACUCCAGAUGGCUGGUUCAGAACAGGAGACACCGCCGUGUUCAAGGAUGAUAGGUACUGGAUCCGAGGGCGUACAUCAGUGGACAUCAUCAAGACUGGAGGCUAUAAAGUCAGCGCCCUGGAGAUUGAGCGGCACCUGCUGGCCCACCCCAGCAUCACAGAUGUCGCUGUAAUUGGAGUUCCGGAUAUGACGUGGGGCCAGCGGGUCACAGCUGUGGUAGCUCUUCAAGAAGGACACUCACUGUCCCACAGGGAUCUCAAGGAGUGGGCCAGAGGGGUCCUGGCACCCUAUGCUGUGCCCUCGGAACUCCUGCUGGUGGAGGCCAUCCCACGGAACCAGAUGGGCAAGGUGAACAAGAAGCAGUUGCUCCAGCAGUUCUACCCCUCGGAACAGAGGAGCCACCCAGGCCAAGGCUAGAGGCAGCAAACAGCCCCUGGCAAUCAUGUGCUGUGGGCCUCCAGAGACCUCACAUGGAACCCUCCCCUGCAAUCAGGUUGACCAGAAUCAAAACCACUAGGAUGAAGUUACCAAGUGAGUUUCCCCAGUCCCAGGCUGAUUGUCUGAGCUCAGGUGACCCUGACUGCUGGCUGUGUCCUCAGUGUCCUCAGUGGUCCUUGAGGUCACUGGUGUGUGCCAGUCUGACAAGCGCACUAAGGACAUGGCUGUGGCCAGUGUGUGGCCAGCUCUCCAGUGCCCAAGGCUCUGCCUCUCCUUAGGGCAGGCCCCAGAGAGUCAGAGGUGACAGUGAAUAGAGAGAUGAAAUAAAGACACACAAUGAGUGUCCCUGCUUUCCUUUCUGACUGA